AUGGCUUCGUUCAACAAACAGUCCUCCGACUCUCCUCCCCACAGUCCCCGGUCCAUGGAUUCAAAUUCCAGCCGAUCAAUUGAGAGAAAGUCAUCCUCUACUUCUUCUGCUCAUUCCAUCUCACCUAUCUCGCCUGGUCUCGCUCCCAAAGUCCAAUUAGUUCCAUAUGCACGAACGGCUAGCUUCGAUGUCUCCUUUUCAGAUGCCGAGCGAGAACUAUUAAACAAGGCCAACUUCGACGCCUUGGAUCUGUCGUCCAAGGAUUUUGACUUUGAAGACAUCUUCACGUACGACAAACCCCAGAAGAAGUUGACCAAGGUUGUUGAGGUAUCCAGACCAACUCGGGACUACCGAGACUGGUCGAAUUUCUCCUUCAGUCACUACUCGGCCGCCAUAAGUGCUCGGACCAAGGUGAACAAAGCCAAAGCCGGAAUCGGAGAGUUGUAUGUGAAGAACAAAUCCGACGCGCAGAAGUACUGA